AAAGGAGGACGUUUAAAAGUAACUGCAGAAAAACACAUUUUAUGUUAUCUAUGGUUUGUAGGCCAUGAAAGUGCCGGUUAUCGCGAUGUGGCUGAUCGAUUUGGGAUAACUAUUAGCGUUUUACAUAAAAUUAUUACUAGAGUAACUGAUUUCAUUAUGUCUUUAGCACCCAAUAUUAUUCGAUAUCCAACUGCAGAUGAAAAAGAAGAAACAGCUUUUUAUUAUCGCUAUGAGAAAGAGUUUCCUGGUGUAAUCGGUGCUAUAGAUGGUUCUCAUAUUAGAGUAGAUAAACCUAUAGAAGAUCCUAACUCGUAUAUUAAUAGGAAACAAUAUUUUUCGUUGCAUCUUCAAGGCGUAGUCAAUCACAACAUGAAAUUUAUUGAUGUAUUCGUCGGAUAUCCUGGUAGCGUUCAUGACGCAAGGUUAUUUAGAAACUCACCAAUUCGUAAUGAUCUUCGUGAACUUUGCGGAGAUAAUUACUACCUAUUAGGGGACAGUGCGUAUCCCUGCCUAAAACAAUUAAUUGUCCCAUACAGAGAUAAUGGGCAUUUAACACGUGCACAAAGAAAUUUUAACCAAAAAUUGAGUUCUUGUCGCGUAGUUAUAGAGAACGCUUUUGGUUGUCUGAAACAACGGUUUAGGCAAUUAUAUCAUUUUAAGUUACGCGAUAUAAUAAGAAUGGUCCGCAUUAUACACGCCUGUUGUGUACUUCAUAAUAUGGCGAACGCAAGAGAAGUAGAAUAUUUUGAAGCACCUAUGGAGGAUGAAUAUCCAGAUAUUGAAGUGCAAGGUCAACGUAUUGAACAGCGCAUUAAUGAAAUACCAAGAGAAAAUGAAACUGGAAUACAUAUUCGCGACGAAAUAUGCCGCCAAUUGAAUAUUCAAUAAACAAGUAAACAUAAUAAAAAAUGCAUUAUUAUAUUUCAAAUAUUUUGUAACCAACUUUUAUC